GGGAAGAUUUGCGAAAGGUUGGGCAUCUGCACGCAGAUUGAAUUCAUCCGCUUCACAAUGAAUAUCAUGAAGCCCCGGCUGGAUCCAAGUCUCUCUGCCAAAGACCUGCUUUUCGAUGGAGUUCCCAUCCGAGUUUACCAGCCUAAGGCGCCAUAUGCUGGCCGGAGGAAAGGAAUGGUUCUCUUCCACGGGGGAGCUGGCUUGGUUGGAACUAUCGAUUUCUAUCAAGACAAUAGCAAUAGAAUUGCCAAGGAGGCUGAUGUAGUGCUUGUAGCUGUCAGCUAUGGCUUGUCUCCUGAGCACCCGUAUCCCAGUCAGUACAAGCAAUGCCUGGCAGCUACUGCACACUUCAUGCGAAAUGCGGAGGUCUAUGGGGUAGAUCCUUCUCAAAUCAUCAUCUUUGGGGACAGUGCAGGAGGCAAUUUCACUUCUGUCGUAGCUCAACAACUGACGAAGAGACCAGACCUCCCCAAACUACGGGCUCAAGCACUGAUCUAUGCUGGCGUUCAAGCAAUGGACUUCAACCUGCCUUCCUACGUGCAGAAUGCUACUAUGCCGCUUUUGAGCCAGGAAACUGUGAUAAAGUUUAUCCUGCAGUAUUUUAUAAAGGACCCAGCUCUGAAAAGUGAUAUCCUGAAAGGCUCUCAUGUGCCAGAUGAUUUUAGGCUGAAAUACCGAAAGUGGGUGAGUCCCGACAACAUUCCCGAGAAAUUUAUGCUCCUUACAAGCCCGAGGUUUACAAACAGUUUCCAGAGCUGCUGGAAGAAACCUUUUCUUCCAUUUUUGCUGAAAACCACAUCAUCAAGCAUCUCCCCGAAACUUUCAUUGUGA